AUCGGCGCCGCCCCCGGGAGAAAGCGAAGAAAAAGUUGACCAAUUUCUACACAAAAGCGACCACCAUCUUUCUUGUGAAAAUUUACAGUUCGUUGGAAUAAGGAAAAAGUUAUCUUUUUAAGUUUAUGCGUUCGAGCGCAGUUCAAAAGGACGAUUCAUAAAAAAAGACUCAGUUUAGUUUUUGGUGAAGUAAAAGUUGUCGGCACCGUAAAGUGGUGCAAGUUUGGCCGGUUUCAAGGACAUUGAUCUCAGUUGGCCGUGUGUGGAUGUGUGUGUGCGCGCGCGUGGAGAAAGAAGAAGAAUAACAACAACAACAGCACGGCUGCUGAUGGAAAGACACUCGAGUUGUGAAGAGUUUUUUUUGUUUUCGUUUUCUGUUUACGUUUUCGUUCCGGGCUCCAGAUUGUUCGAGAUGUUGCUGCCUGUUUCAGUUUCAGUAUUUUUUUAAACCGUGGGGAAGGGGUCUCACUUCCGGAAUGUAAAAAAAGUUCGACAAGUUGGUCGAGUUUAGUUUUGUUUGAAUUUCCCAUAAAAAGGAAAGUAGUUUGUUGACCUUUUCGAGGGUGAAGAACUUAAGUAGAUUAAGGUUGUGUUUGAAAAACAAAAAAAAAGUAAAAGUAUGGACUUGUAGUUAAACAAAACACACAAAAACUCAAAAUGAGUAUGAAGAAAGUGACCCCAGUUCCUCCUCGAGGGCUCGAAGUUUGUCCAAAGCGUUCCGCCCCGCAAUGGACAGUGACGAUUCCCGGCCCGGUUCGUCCGCCUCGAGCAGCUCCAGCAACUCGGACGCUCCGGCCAGUCCGGUUGGUGGCGCCCCCGACCACCACAACCCGGAUCAACCGGACGACGCCCCAGAAAACGAAACCACCACCCGGUCAUCCCGCUCGCGGUCCCGUUCCGGCUCGGGCGGCUCUCGUUCCCGGUCCCGUUCAAGCCCGGCCUCAAGUCCCGUGGGAGAGAAGAAGGACGGUGACGGCGGUCCACCGUCGAGUCCGAAGAACUACGAGGAAGAUGCGGGGACAAGGUCGCGUUCGAAUUCGGCCUCGUUCCGGAGUGCGGAGAAUUCGCGCAAGAGUCGCAGCGGUUCGCCGUACAACCGGUCCCGGUCGGCUUCGGGUGCCUCGAAUCGGUCGGAUAGCCGCGGGGGAAGGUUGGGAGGAGGUCGGCUGUCGCGUGCCUCGAGCGGGUCGAAUCUCAGCGAAAAGUUGAAGGGCGAGGAAAUCAGCGACUGCGAGAUGGAAUCGGAUCGUGAAGAUGGCGCGCGGGAUAAAAGUGGCGCCGACGAGGCUAAGUCUGGGGAGCCGGAGGAGGAGGCCAACAGCAGCGCCCGCAAGGACACCGCGCUGGACAUGAGCCACGAAGAUCUGAGCGACGUGAGUCUGGAGAGUGAUGAGCACGAUGACGAGCGGGACGAGGACAAGGGCAGCGAUCGCGGCUCGGACAAGGAAGAGGUUGAAUCGGCCACGACGGGGGUUGCCCGGAAAGGGGGCGCAGAUGGUGAAGACGAUGAAGAGAUGUCGGCCCAGGACAAGGAGAACGACAAGUUGAUGAUCGUUGAUUUGAGGCAAAAGUUGGAGGAGAAAAAGAAUCAGCUUCGGAACAUGGAGGACAAGCCGAACGGAUCGGCGAGGGGUCACGACAACCUGCUGGACGACGAUCUGAUGGAUAAGAAGAAUGACGAAGACGUGCUGGACUUUGAGGCCGAAGAGGGCGAGUGUAACGAACCGCCAAAGGUGGCAGAGAAGACGGAAACGGGCAAGGUCCCUGUGCAAGCCCCUGAGCCGUCAGACAACAAGAAAAAGAAGAAAGAAUCCGACGCCGAACUGGAAGAGGGCGAAGAGCUGGAGGAGGGAGAAGUGUCCGACGAGGACGAAAAGCGUCCGGAGGAAACCGAACCCAAACCGGUCUGCCGAUUCUACCAACGUGGUCAGUGCACCUGGGGCAUGAGCUGUCGCUUCCUCCAUCCAGGCGUCACAGACAAAGGAAAUUACACCAUGUUCGACAUGGUCCGACCGGUCCCCAUCCCGCACCAACCACCCGCCUACGCCGCCCACCCCAUGUACCAGGCCGACUACCGCAUCGAGCGACCUCCCCUGCACCACAUUGCGCCACACCACGCGUACAGCGCCGCGGCUGCUCUUCCACCCCCGGCACGAGCCCCAGAACCGGUCACGGAAAGCGCCUGGGAGCGUGGCCUCCGCACGGCCAAGGAAAUGAUGCGCAAGGCGACCAAGCGCAAGGAGCAGGACAUUGACUUUGAAGACAAAAAGAUGAACCUUUCCCUCACCCAGGACGAGCUCGAGAAGGACAACUACUACAACCGAGGAUCGCCGGAACCCCCGGCGUUCGCCGGCCGAGGCCCACCCGUCCCGUACGAGUACGGCGGAGUGCCACCACCCGCCAAGUUCGCCCGCCCCGGUCCACCCUUCGAAGAGGACGCCUUCGGGCGUACCCACCGUUACCGCGAACUCCCCUCCCACCGAAUGCCCCAGUACGAGGACGAAGACCUCACGAAACGUCGCCCGCGCGCCACCCGAGAAGUCAUCGUGCAACGUGCCGACGAGUGGAACGACCCGUGGAUGCGUUCCAAAUCCCCCGGCCGUGGAGGUGGUGGUGGUGGCGGAGCCGCCGCAGCCGAAAAGCGAACCGCUCGCACCGCCGAACGGCGCAGCUACAGCAACAGCUCCUCGUACAGCAGCUCCAGCAGCAGUUCGCGGUCCGGAUCGAGCUCGUCCAGCCGGUCGCCGUCGCCCAGCACGAAGCGGCGCCGCUACGACAGCCACCGGUCGAAGGAGAGCGAUCGGCACGCCGCGGCGACGCACGUGCGUAAGGUCAUCCGCACGCGGUCACCGACGACGAGCCCCCGGAGGAGCAAGUACUCGCCAGUUCGCAAAAUUUCGCCAGUUGUGGCGAAGAAGCGCAAUCCGUCGCCACCGAUGGAUAAGCGGGCAAUCGAGAAGGCUGUUUCCACCAAGCGGAAGAAGGUCUCGCCUGCUCCACGCAAAGCUCCCCCCACCGACAAACGCCGCCGACGGUCCAGCUCGUCCGCUUCUGGCUCAUCCGACUCCAGUGAUUCCGGCUCGGAAAGCUCCAACUCGUCCAGCUCGUCGACGUCGUCCCGGGGCAAGCAAGCCAUCAAGAAGGGUGGCAAGGGCGCGGACAAGGGAUCCAAGUCGGCACCGGCCAAGAAGGUCGAUACGAAAAAGUCGGACUCCAAGCCGAACGCGCAAGUCAUUCCACCGUCGAGUGCCGCCCUGGAAAAGGCCGCGGCCAGUUCGAGCGCGUCGAAAAAGUCCUCGCGGCGGGAGGAGCUCCUCAAGCAGUUGCGCGCCGUCGAGGAGGCAAUCGCGCGGAAGCGAACCAAAAUCGCUUAAGCAGAAGCAGCAGCAGGGGGUCACUGGACACGGAUUUGUUUUUAAUUUUAGUUUUAGGCUUAAUUUGAUACAUUCAAAACCGUACGGCGUCAGCACAGCAGUCUUGCAAGGUGUAACUCUCACGGCGUGGAGUUUUUUUUCGUUUGCCCUCCCGGACUCAAAUUCCUGACAGAACAAAUAGGCGUAGGCUUAACCCCCGGAAGGGCGGGUUAAUUUGUGUCACAAUUUCUACGCGGACACGACAAUCUGCAGCGUAGAAAUCGCGUGACUUGCAGUUCAAUUGUGUUACAGCAUCCGCAAAAACAAUACAACACAUCAUCCACACACAGCCCAUCUGAUUUAUCUGAUUUGAGAUCGCUGCUGCUGCCGCCGCUGUUGUCAUCGAUUUGUCACCGCACAAUGGCACGACCUGCUAUCAAAUUGUAUUCGUGUGUAGCGUUUAGAAGCUUAGACUUAACCCUAAUUAACUUCGCUGCUGCUGUUGUGACGAAAUGUAGCUUAGUAGGAUGAAUCUACUAAGGAGGGCGCGGAGCAGCAGCUAGCGGAGGGUGCAAAUAGUGAUAACUGAUAACGAAAGAAACAAAUGGUAAACAAUAAAAAGUUAGAACGUCAUUGUGAAAA